AAUCCAUAAGCAAAUACCACUUGAAACCACACACCAUAAAAAGAUUUCACUCCAAAUGAAUAGAAAGGGUUGUGCCAUUGAAGCAACCGGCAUCAACUACACAAUCUACCCUCAACCCUCUUUCAACAUCUUCAAUAAAAACCAACAAUCCAAUUCGGAUCACAACUCCCCCCGCCGGGUUCUCCGCGAAGUAAGCUGCCAUGCAAAACCAUGGGAGGUCCUUGCCAUUGUGGGCCCCAGCGGUGCCGGAAAGUCGUCUCUUCUCGAGAUUCUCGCCGGAAAACUCACCCCACAAACGGCAUCAAUUUAUGUUAACGGGAGACCCGUGGACAAGACAAGAUUCAAGAAGAUAUCAGGGUAUGUUACGCAGAGGGACACGUUGUUCCCUCUGCUAACUGUAGAAGAAACCCUAGUUUUUACCGCUAAGCUCCGCCUGAAUCUUGGUCAACCCGAGCUCACUUCACGAGUCAAGUUGCUGAUACAUGAGCUCGGGUUGACACACGUGGCAAAUGCACGUGUUGGGGAUGAUAGGGUUCGUGGGAUUUCAGGCGGAGAGCGGCGUAGGGUUUCUAUUGGUGUCGCAGUUGUUCACGACCCAGAGGUGGUGAUUCUAGACGAACCCACCUCCGGGUUGGACAGCAACUGCGCGUUCCAGAUCAUAGACAUGGUCAAGACCAUGGCUGAAACCCGAGGCAAGACCGUGGUCCUUAGCAUUCACCAGCCAGGGUUUAGAAUCAUCAAGCUUUUUAACUCCAUACUACUCUUAGCAAACGGCACCGUUUUGCACCAAGGAUCUAUUGAUGAACUAAACCGUUCGUUACGGCUCAAUGGGCUUGAACCACCUCUCCAUGUUAACGUUAUUGAGUUUGCAAUAGACUCAAUUGAUAUUAUACAACAACAAAAGAACCAAAAGACUUCAAAUCUUGAAGAAAACAUAACUCCUUCAACAAACAAAAUGAUUCAAGGUAAGUUCACUUUACAACAACUCUUUCAACAAUCAAAGGUCAUAGACCUUGACCAUGAACAAGAAGAACACAAUGAACAAGAACUAAUAAUUCGAGACGGUUUCGCAAAUUCAAGAUUCUGCGAAACCAUAAUCUUGACACAUCGAUUCUGGAAGAACAUUUCGCGGACAAAAGAGCUUUUCGCAUGUCGAACACUCCAAAUGCUGGUAUCAGGUUUGAUUCUCGGGUCGAUUUUUUACAAUCUUGACAUGGACUUGCUUGGAGCACAAGAAAGGGUAGGUUUAUUUGCUUUCAUUUUAACAUUUUUGCUAUCAACAACUGUGGAAGCCCUGCCUGUUUUCUUGCAAGAGAAGGAAAUACUCAUGAAAGAAACUUCAUGCGGAAGUUAUCGAGUUUCGUCGUACGCGAUCGCGAACGGGCUAGUAUACUUGCCGUUUUUGCUUAUUCUAGCAAUACUAUUCGCGACCCCGUUAUACUGGUUAGUCGGGUUAAACCCUAAUGUCUUGGCGUUUUCGUGGUUUCUACUACUCAUAUGGCUAAUUCUCUACACUGCAAACUCAGUGGUGGUGUGUUUUAGUGCAUUGGUACCGAAUUUCAUCGUUGGAAACUCGGUUAUAUCGGGUGUUAUGGGGUCUUUCUUCUUGUUUUCGGGCUAUUUCGUGUCGAAACAAGGCAUGCCAAAGUACUGGAUAUUCAUGCAUUAUAUCUCAUUGUUUAAGUAUCCAUUUGAAGGGUUGUUAAUGAAUGAGUUCUCUGGUGGUGAGGGUAAGUGUUUGGAGUAUUUGUUUGGGAAGUGUUUAGUGAGUGGUGAAGAUGUUCUAAGGGAAACAGGAGGGUUUGAGGAGGAUGGUAAAUGGAAGAAUAUUGUGAUUAUGUUGUGUUUUAUCUUGGUUUAUAGGUUUAUUUCAUAUGUGAUUCUUAGGUUUAAAUGCUCCCAAAAGGGACUUAAAGUUGUUUUUUAAAUGAUUAUUCCAAAUAAUUCUUGGUAACAUUUCUUGAAAA